GCAACGUCCUAUUGCUGCUCGGCGAACAGCGUCACCGUCGCGAUGAGUCGUUUGGACGGAUAAAAUCAGCAGUGUUCAACCCUGUCCCGUCUCACAUGUCGUGUUCCCUAACCAUCCUGGAUUAUGCCUGAUAUCGGCCGCUAGCCGGGCCGCUUUCGCUGGGUUCUAACGAAGAACUCCCCUUUCUGUUUCUAAGACUCCCCGCUUCACUCUUUCACCAUGGAAAUGGUCUUUCAGACGAGCAAAAAGCCCCUCAUUUGGGUGACUUUGGGGCUGCUCGCCAUCGUCUUCUCCACCUCUCCGGUCAGUGGGAACGAGGACUGCCUGUGGUACGUGGAUAAAAAUGGCACCUGGCACAACGGCUUCGACUGCCCUCUCAUUUCUUCCUGCUGCGGCAACUGCCACCGGCGCUACUGCUGCAUGGACCCCUUCAAGAUGAUCACGGAGAGGGAGCAGAAACGCUGCAUGCUCUUCCAGUUCAGUCCCAGUACUUUAGUCGGCAUUGCGUCCUCCAUUCUGCUGUUUGUGGCCAUCAUUGCUACCAUGGUUUGCUGCUUCAUGUGCUCCUGUUGCUACCUCUACCAGAGAAGGCAGCAGAGAGGCAGGACACCGUAUGAUGCCCAGCACAUCCCCAUGGCCAGCUACCCAGUGGAGCCCAUGCAUGACGCAUAUGGAAAACCCAUUGGACCGUCAGAGUAUCCAGCUGCAGGUUAUCCAAUGGCACCCCAGUACUCUGGGAUGCCUGUACAUUACCCAGUGAUGCAUCCGGGACCUUACCCGUCACACUCCAUGGAUCCGGCAUACAGCCAAGGAAGAAGUAAACUUUUCAAAUCUGUUAUCGCCCCACCACCCUAUUCUCCACCUCAGUAUCCUGGUCAUUGAUGGGAGAAAAACACAACAAACACAACAGAGAGAAAUGACUGAAAAGGGGGAGACUGGAGCCCUGUUGAAGAUGUAUGAACAGUCCAAUGCAAACCCAUUAAAACAAAACUACAGCCCAACCAGAGGUGGUUUUAAAUGAGGAGAAAAGGAGGCACUUUAAUCUUUUUAUUUUUUUUCCUACCUUCUUACUGUUUAUUAACAGCAUUGUCCCACAUUUGCACAGUGGUUAUAUCAAUCAGGUUCUGUUCAAUUAUUUGCUUAGUUUAGCUCAGAACCGGUGUCACUUAAAGACAGUGCUCAUUGGCUAACGGAAAACCAAAGUUCAAGAACUUGACCUGUGAUGUACUUAUUUAUGUGUUAAAGGGAAAAAAAUCUAAUUCUAUUGUGUGUUUCUUAGAUUUAAAGAACCUUAUAACUGUCUGUUUAAUGGCUGUUUUAUUGCUGUGAAGCUUCUCAUCCUUUCACGUUUCUCUGAUUGCAGUAAGUUGGAAAACAAAUGAGCUGCACGUUUCGAUUAUAUUCUUUUUUUUUUUUUUUUCUUCCAAUUGUUAGUCCACAUAAAAAAAACAACCAUUCGUCACCUGUUAGUUUGAAAUGUACCUAAUCUUUUUAGGAUGUAGGAGUUGUGCAAUUAUUUCUGGACAUGUUUUAAGUGACACCAUCUCAGCAUCAGCGUUCUUCCUCUGUAAAGAUUAGCUUUCCUCCUCUGCUUCUUCUCUGGUUUAAAAACUGUCUUUGUAUUUUAGGCAUACUGCUACGCAGAAAAGGUGCAAAAGUUUGCAGUUUUUUAUUUUCUUGUAAAAUACCUCUUAUGGGAGUUUUACUGCUUGAUUAAAACAAAGUCUACAAUAAGGAAAGAUGUAAAAGAAGAGAGAAAUGUAUUACAUAUUUUGUAAAGCGGUUCUUUGGUUUAAUGUUUAAUAUUGUAACAACUUGUUUUAUAUUAGUGUACUGUUAUUGUAAUAGGAUUCUUUUAUUGAGUGUUUAUUACUGAGGUUCCCUCUAACUGUGAAUUACUCCUAACCAUCUGGACAUGCCUGGUAGAGAUGCUCCCUUUAGGCUUUUCUUGGCCGAUAGCAAUUUCUGCUUUUGUUUGAAGCCUAAGGCUGCUGAUUUCCAUUUUGACAGUCCUUUUUUUAUUUUCAUUUUUGUAGGACUGUGACACAACGGGGGGAAAAUAUAUGCUGCAGGUUUCUUGAUGGAGGUAAAACCUUUCAAUUUAACAAAAAAGGGGGAUGAAAAGAUUAUCUCAGUGUAUGCACAAAAUUCAUGCGUCCCAUCCCCUUUUAUCUUUUCAUGUAUUGGCUUGACAAAUAAUUAAUUCAACACAUCUGUUUCCAAAUAUGGGGCAAGUUCGUAUUUUUGGUAAACAUAUGAAUAGUAAAACUUUUCUGAUCAUAUUUGACCCACUGACUCCAGUCUGAGUUCGUUAGAGGAGAAUUUUUCGUCAAAGGAUUGUCUUAAUAUUCUAGGAAAUUGGCUCAUAAGAUUCUUUUUUUCCCCCCACACAUUAGAAUUGGAAGAUUGAUUUAAAGACUUUUAGGUAUAGCAACAAAUGAGACACCUAAAAGUAGGUAAUGCUUGAGGUUUAGAAAUAACCUAGACAAGUAUUCCUUUUAAAGUUGCAUUAGCCAGAUAUAUAUGCAAUGGCUAGAUUUUUGUUUAUUGUUUGCAGUAGGCUAGAGAGGAUCAAAUAUCAAUUAAUUUUAGUAGAAAAAAA